GAUCCCAUUAGGAGGUUAUUUUAGUUGCUUCCUUUAUUCUCCAGAGGACCUAAGAGGGUUACAGAGUCCUGGUUUCUGCUCUCUGGAGUCAGUGCAGCCUGAUGUCGGCCGGCUCAACCUUCGUCCAGGCCGCCGCUGCCUCUGGUGUCUGAUCCAGAAUCUUUAAAACUACUAUAGAAUCCUAAAACCCACUUGUACUGCUGUUUGCUUCUUCUGCAGUGAGGCUCAAAGGAGGCCCUCAGUCCUUUCUGAGGUCACCUGGUUCUGGUCCCGUCCCCUCCUUGAGUGCAAGGAGCCUCUCUUCUUCUUCUUCAUCUGUGAAUCCCGGUGCAGCGAUGGGGAACCACGGCUCAAAUCUGGACGACAUCCUGGCCGAGGACAUGCACCACUGGUACAACAAGUUCAUGAGGGAGUCUCCGUCAGGCCUCAUCACACUGUUUGAGCUGAAGGCCAUCUUGAAUCUGAAGGGCAUGAAUGAGAACGCCAACAGCUACGUGGACCAGGUGUUCUUCACCUUCGACAUGGACGGGGAUGGUUAUAUCGACUUUGUAGAGUACAUCGCAGCCGUCAGCCUGAUGUUGAAAGGAGAAAUCAACCAGAAACUAAAGUGGUACUUCAAACUGUUCGACCAGGACGGCAACGGAAAGAUCGACAAGGAGGAACUGGAGACCAUCUUCUCGGCCAUUCAGGACAUCACAAGGAACCGAGAGAUCGACCCUGAGGAGAUCGUAUCACUUAUAUUUGAGAGGAUCGAUGUGAAAGGAGAAGGGGAGCUGACCCUGGAGGAAUUUAUCGAAGGAGCAAAGGACCAUGAGGACAUCAUGGACCUGCUGAAAAAACUGAUGGACCUGACGCCAGUUUUAGUCAUCAUUGUGGAGGGUCGGAUGGGAUGAAGGCCGAGUCGGAGCACCGGGGACGACAAAGACUGAGUGAAACAGAAAUCAUCCCCCCCGCCCACGCCCCCAAAAAGGGACACGAUGGCCACUGAUCGGCAGAAGUGUGGCUGAAGAUGCUGAACUUUGUGACCGGCUGCGAUUGGCCGUCUGUCUCCAGAUAUCGGGUUAAAAAAUGAACUAAUUAUUUGAUUAUAGCUGAGAUAUGAAACCUGAUAUUGUGGAUUCAAACAACCAAAAAUGUUCAAACCUCCACUAAUUCAAAACCAGUCACUUUUUACUGUGUACAAUGAAUUCAUCACUGCUGUUAGUCUUCACACAGGAUUUGUUGACAAUAAUGAAAACACAAACAACAUACAUCUAAAGUUUGGUUCUGAACCUCACUUAUUUAAAAGAAUCUGACUGGAAAGUAACUGUUUCUCAGGGAAAAUUUUUAAGCUGCUUUGUAAUUUCCCUCCAUUACAUUUUAGAGUCAGAUGCUUGACUCCAUUCACAGAUCAGCAGAAACACAGAGAAUACACAUCAAUAUUUUUGAUUAUGGACCUUCUGUCAUUUUUCAUCCAAAAAUGUACAUGUUCCAAGAACAGCUUCAAGAAGUAUCAAAACUAAGCUAAACCACAAUGAGCAGCUGCCUCACAUUUUUCUUCAUUAUUCACACGUUAAUGAUUUCAGUCAAAACUAAGACUGCAAAAAAAUUUAUUUAUACAUAAUUACUAUAAAUAAAUUAAUUGCUUUAUCUAUGAAAUUCUAAAAAAAACAAACAAAUAAUGCUCCCUCAGGUAAAAGCGACAUGUUAAACAUAUUUUAAUUCAAGCAAUAAAAGUCAGCUUUAGUUCAGUUUACCAUCUGACUUAACUCAGAAAAACAUCAAACUGACACGUGGAGGAGUUGAAACCUGCAAUAUUUUUGCUUGAAAAAUGGCCACAGCAGUUCAUUACAAAAAAAAAAAAGUCAGUGGUUCAUUCUGUAAUUUUUUAAAUAUAAAAUUCUAAACGACUCCAACUCAAAUACUUUGGGCAGUUUUUUGUAAAUGACACCUACAGGACAUGAUGCAAAAUUUGUGAACUAAGAUCUGAUUUACAGUAUUUCUGGGAAUAUUUAGGCUGAUUUCUUCUAACUUGUAAUGUGAUAAUAUGAUCUGAAAGAUUCACGCUGAAUGAGACAUUUUGUGCGAUUUCAGUCCUAUGAAUUUUGCACAUGACAUUUCUUUGACUUACAAAGAAGACCCAAAGUUCCCAGCUCUAGAUGAAGAGUGGCUGUGGGUGUGAGCAGGGCAUGCUGGGAGUUUGUCCUCUGUGCUCUGAUCCUCUUAAUGCUGUAAAAGGUUCAGCGGCUGAACUGAAAUGGAUGAGAUUUACAGACAGUUCAGGUAGAGGAUGAGCUCAGCAGCCAAUUGCAGGCCACACGCAAAAGAAAACUCCAGAUUUAGUUUUACUGAAGGAGAUGGAAACAUAUGAAAGAGUCUGGGAAACAUAGUUAAAGUCAGUACAGGCCCACUUUUCAUUUCUAAUUAGUUCAGCACUACAGAGAAAAAGAACCAAAGACAAAAUUAUCCUCCGUCUGAGCCUGGAGCUCGUCUGGCAGCAGGCCAUUCAGUGUGUUACAGCAGAAGAGCAUCCAGGCCAAACCAGGCCAACACAGGUCAAACCAGAACAGGCGCAAACUCACUAAAGAAGUGUUAAGGCUGGAGAAGUUCACAGCUGAUGGUAAACUUAAAGCUCCACCUGGAGUUAAAGAAGCAAUUCUGUGAAUUUUCAUUUUCAAUUCCAUUAACUCCAGUCCUCUUCCACAUGAUCAGAGUCCUCUAAAGCUUCCAAAUUCACAUGUCUGGUAAUACACCCACCUGUAAAUGCACUUCUCUGCCUUACAGAGCACAGGUUAGCAUGAUCUUUGAAUCUGGGACUACUUUCUGUGAUGGAGGGAUACCUUAACCAUUGCAGAUCACUUGAUGUUACAAUCUAUUUGCUCAUAUAAAGGUCUAUGUAACCCCUUUCUCACUGUUGCAGUUCAAGGUCCAGUUCAGAGCUGGUAUCUGAUCCUGAACCAGUUCUUUACAAUUCAACAUCCAAAGAAUCAGCAACUAAAAUUGGUUCGAGAGCAGCAACAGAUUUAGAAGACCACCAUUAAACAAACAAACACAC